AUGGAGUUCUUCCCCGACGGGAUGCACCUGCGGCUGCGGAACCGCAAGCACGGCACGUACCUCCACGCCGACGAGGACGGCGUGUACGUCUCCCUGAGCCUGCACCGCGCCUCCCUGAACACGGCGUGGCAGGUGCACCGGGUCCUCCGCGACGGCGGCAACGAAUACGUCCUCCUCCACAGCGCCGCCUACGGCCGGUACCUCGCGCUCUCGCCGGACCAGGUGUCGCUGGUCUACGUCGGCCACCACGCCGUCCAGGGCGUGUACGAGAGCCCAGAGCAGGACGACGUGCUCUGGAGGCCGUCUGGGUGGACGACGAAGGCGGCGACGUCCUCAUGCUCCACGUCUCGAACCGUCUCCUCCGCGCCGCCCCCUGGAACCCACUCUUGA